UCCUGAGGGAGCGAGAGCGGGAUUGAGCUCAGCCUGCGCUUCCCUGUGUGUUUGUCCGUCUCCCCCUUUUUCUGUUGGUCCGUCCUGCCUUUUCUCUGUUCCCUCGAUCCGGGACUACUUUGUGUGUCCAUCCGCUCCAGUCAAUCUGUCAGCGAGUCUGUCCGUCUGUCGUUCCUUCCUCCCUCCCUCCCUUUCUGGUCCUCCCCAAUACCGGCCUGUCGCUCGUCCUCCCAGCCUGCUGAGCCUUCCUUCCCUCAGGGAUUUUUUUUUUGCUGUUCCUCCGGCCUCCUCCUCACUGAGGGCUAGUCUCUUUGGACUCUCCACUGUGCCUUGGGCGGCUGGUCAGGCCUGGGUUGGCUUGCAGCUCCUUGGGGACACCUCUGGAUCCAAAUUCUGGACUGUUUUAUCCGUUUCUCUCGUAGCCUCGACUGGGUCUCCCUGUCCGCGUGAGCCUGUUUCAGUACCUGGAAAAGAGCCAGCAUGUCCGUGGCUGGGUUAAAGAAACAGUUCUACAAAGCCAGCCAGCUGGUCAGUGAGAAGGUUGGAGGUGCUGAGGGGACCAAGCUGGACGAUGACUUCAAGGAAAUGGAAAAGAAAGUGGACCUCACCAGCAAGGCUGUCACAGAAGUCUUGGCCAGAACAACAGAGUACCUCCAACCCAAUCCUGCCUCCCGGGCCAAGCUGACAAUGCUGAACACGGUGUCUAAGAUCCGUGGGCAAGUGAAGAACCCCGGCUACCCACAGUCCGAAGGACUCCUUGGUGAGAGCAUGAUCCGCUACGGCAAGGAGCUGGGGGAUGAGUCAAAUUUUGGCGACGCCCUUCUUGAUGCUGGUGAGUCCAUGAAGCGCCUGGCUGAAGUGAAGGACUCCCUGGAUAUUGAAGUCAAGCAAAACUUCAUCGACCCCCUUCAGAAUUUGUGUGAUAAGGACUUGAAAGAGAUCCAGCAUCACCUGAAAAAGCUAGAGGGCCGGCGCUUAGACUUCGACUACAAGAAGAAGCGCCAGGGGAAAAUCCCCGAUGAGGAGCUUCGGCAAGCCCUGGAGAAGUUUGAGGAGUCUAAGGAGGUCGCGGAGACGAGCAUGCACAACCUCCUAGAGACUGACAUCGAACAAGUGAGCCAGCUCUCAGCUCUGGUGGAAGCUCAGCUCGUCUACCACAAGCAAGCAGUUCAGAUCCUCGACGAGCUUGCUGAUAAACUCAAACGCAGAGUAAUGGAGGCUUCCUCACGCCCCAGACGGGAGUAUAAACCGAAGCCCCGAGAGUCUUACGAAUUUGGAGAGUCCGAUCAAUCCAAUGGCGGCUUUUCCUGCAACCCCACCCCUAAAGUCUCAGCAGCUUCCUCCUCUUUCCGAUCCGAAAAACCAUCCCGGACCCCCAGCAGGAAUUUUUCUCACCUAGACCAGCCCUGCUGCAAGGCGUUGUACGACUUUGAGCCCGAGAACGACGGGGAGCUGGGCUUCAAAGAGGGCGACAUCAUCACGUUGACCAAUCAGAUCGACGAGAACUGGUACGAAGGGAUGAUCAACGGCCAGUCAGGCUUCUUCCCACUGAACUACGUGGAAGUGCUGGUCCCGCUACCUCAGUGAGACUGCCUCUCUCGACUUUCCCGUUCCUGGUUUUCGAGCUCCGUUCUCCCCCCUCACCUCCUGCACACAGAGAACACUUAGGGGACAGGGGGGGGGUAGCACAAAAGUCCGGACUUUCUUCUUUACAUUCCAAGUGGUAACCUGACACUAAUUUUUUCCCGUCCAGCCGGUGGAAAUGGAAGGGUGAUUGUAUCAGCAGAAGUCUUGAUGGAAAGGAACAAACCGGGGGUGGGCAUGAAACACAAGCGAGGUUAAUUCUGACCCCAUGCAUCUCCCUAGACUUCCCUGUUUUGGGGUGCUUGAAUUGAGAUGUCAAGCCAAAUAGGGCCUGCACUUGUACAUUGUGUGCCUCUUGUUUUUGCUUUGUGAUUUUUUUUGUUCUCUUCCCUCUCCACCUGCCCCAUAAAGCACACUGCCAGAGCUGGAAACUUGAGAGUGCACAGCUUGGUUUAUGGGUCUUUCUGGGUGUGUGUGGGACCUGCCAUUGUGGAUUGUGCCUGUAUGUCCCAAAGUGCACGAUGAUUUUCUGAACUUGUGAAGCGCGUUAAACACUACCAGAGAACUAUAGGGGACAGAAACAGAUCUACUUGGUCCAGUUGUAGCCAUCGUGGAUCUCUGUUAUGGUUUUCUUCCCCGUGCCCCUUUCACACUGUAUGUGUACCUAGAAAAUUCUUCUCGGGAAACAGAUGAGCAUUUAUAUGAGAAUCAAAGGACUGAGUUCUUAUUCCCUAGAUUUGGGCUGUACAGUUUCAGACCACUGAUGAAGAUUUGAAGGGUUGAAUGCUGCUUUGUACCCCAAAUUUCCUCGCAUGCAGAAAACAAGCAUGUCAGGCAAAAGGUGAAAUUAACAUUCUUCUUGACAUUGUAGUAUUUGGCAUAAAGGGAACUUUUUUUUUUUUAAUAUGAAGGAACAUUCAGUCUGCAGGUGCAAGCUGACCCGCUCACAUGAAAACUAGGACCCAAAAUGAGGUUUUUGAACUGUGGGGUCCCCGUGGAAGGAUUGUGAGAAAUCCUUUGUGGUACUCCACAGUAAUUGGGCACAACUGACCCUCCAAGCCCCUUCUCCGUUAUUACCUUCCCUUAUCUUUGGGGGGCUGCUGGUUCUAUGGUCUCAUUCUCCGUGUUCUGCUCAUAAAGCACGGGGCACCGGCAGCCAUACUGAACGGUCAGUUUCCUGGCCCCAGCGCAAGGCCUGAUGGCAACGUGGCCUUGGGGCUCAGGUUAUGGCUGCUUCCAACUUAGGAUCAGCAUCCUUACUGGGUCACCCGCAGUGACCUUUUGGAAAUCCUGGGCCUCAUAUUCCGGCACCUUCUGUUUCAGAACCGGUCUGAGGCCCUUGCCUCAAAGAAGGCUGUUGGCCCACCCCAAGCCCCUCGCUUGUUCCAGUUCAGCGUGCCUUGUCUUGGCCUUCCUUGUCAAACCCCGGGUCCCGUCUGCAAAGGAGAACCCCUCCAUCAUUCCAUCCUCUCGCUUGUCCCCAGUCUCCAAACUGGGCCCAUCUUGUCCUGUUCUCCACCGCUGUGGUGUUAUUUUCCCCUGUCCAAAUGGGUUGAAACUGGUUUGCCGCAGCUUCGCACAAAGAACCGGAGCCCCCACUACAGAACUGCCCCAUCAGGAGGUCCUAAUUGGGAAGCUGUGGCUCUUGGAGCCGCUCGUGUGUUGGGUCUGUGCCCCCUGAGGGGACACAGAGGCUGGUACCUCUGUGGGCAAAAGAACACAAAACGAGAGCAUUUCAGCUGGUUUCCUGAAGGUAAAGUUUCUGAAUUGGUUCCUUGGGGGCUGUGUCAUUACAUACCUUUCAUAAAAAAGUCAGCCAACACAGCCAUCUCCCGCUAUAUGCCAGGACCAUCGCUAAUGCAGCAAUAUGGCAGGACUGAGCCUAGAAAUGUAUGUCAGUUUGUCACCUCAGCACAGUCUAGUGGAAAUCUGACUUGGGCCCAACCUCAGCUAAUCCUCAUCCACUGCAGCCAAUAUAUGUUGCACAGAACAAGGCUAGAGUGCGCCACUUGGCAUAUUUGAAUCCUCUCCCCGAUACAAAGCUUCCUGUCUGCUUGCAGAAAGCCAGCCUAUCAGGGAGUCUACUUUAACCGCUCCCUCUAAUGUGCGAGUGUCCUACAUGCAGGGAGAUGUUUUUAACUCCUUUCCAAUGCAAAAACAUAGUACCCUGGCAGCCAUGUGAAGUCUGUUGCCCCUGCCUCUGUACCAUGUCUGCUGUCAGAGGUGUCCUUGCACAUCUUUGAAUUUGUGGUGCAUAUUGAAAACACGGGCUGGUCAGUCAGAUUGAUUCUGCCGUUUCUUAGUAGGAUAUGUAUCUUUAUGCAGAAGCAUUUCUUUUAGCAAAACCCCUUCCCCUCUCGGGAUUCCCAGCCAGCAAGAGUGUAGGCUGGAUUCCCGGGCUGUGUGGCUUCAGGGGUCCCAAGCACUUAAAUCCUUCUUUGCCCCCUAGAAAUUCUCCUUUCUCCAGGUUUAGCCUGGAGCUGGGGUGUGGUGGUGGCGGCGGCGAUGAAAUUUGCAGAAGAUUUCAUUGCAGUAGACCAGCAGGACUGAUAAUCUCUGGCCUUCCAGAAAUGGUAACUGUAUUUCUCCUGCCCCACGCCCCCCCUCAAGUCCCUUUACAUGCUCUCACUGCAGGCAGUGGGAUCAAACACAGAUGUGGGAGGUUUCUAAGAGGGAGUCUUGCAAUUGCCCUCCUUCCACUGCCACCCCAUUCCCUCAAGGGACUUGAAUUUGGGGCGGGGGGCAGUUAGGGUGUUGCUCUGCCUACAUGUCAAUAGCUCAAAAGUUGUUUUUCCGUGGCACUUGUAUUGGGGGGGGGCACUAAUUUUCUAUCAGGCUUUUUAAUGUUGAGGCCUGACAUUUUAUAAAAAUAACAACGGGGCAGGGGGGAGGACAAAAUUGUAAGAGUUAUUUUUUCUGCCUCCCAGCAGAUCUUUUUAUAUCCACCUUUCACUUACUCUUUUUUCUUUCCUAAUCGAAUUUCCCUCCACCUGUUAACUCCAGUAUUGAGAUACCCACAAUAUUUAUGUACAAUAUAUAUAUAUAUAUAUCUAAAAAUAAUAUUUCAUUGUAAUUAAUUUUUUUCCUUGCCCAACCAUGGUGGGGGGUGGAGGGGAGAAGCAAUUCAUUUUAGCCUGUAAGGGUCUCAUAAAUGCUGCUUUAAAACAAAAUAAAAAACUCUUUCUUGCUGGUGGAACUUUUUCUAACCCCCUCCCCCCAAUCACAUUCAUACAGAAAUAUCUUUGUGGUAUACAUAUUCUGUUUCCUUCCUUCCCCACCCCCACACAUAGCCCCAAAGUGUUUUGUGGCUGUAACAGUAAUGCCCCCCCCCCCACCAAAAAAAAACUUCACUAAAAACAAACUAUUUGCAGGCCUGGUUAUUUGGGGGAGGGGCGGUCACUGCAGGAUUAAAAUCUUUUGCAUUUGUAAGCAAUUCUCAUGCCCCCCCCCCCAAUCUCUCUUACCAGUAUCUCUGGAAGCAAAACUAUGUUGUGGGGAGGGGGCAGCUUUGUACAUACUUUCUCUAACCAGUAGCAGCACCUCGCCAGGAUGUAACUUUUUGGCAGCUGGUCCGUUGGAGUGAAAUGAAUCUCUUUUUUUCUUAGUCUGGGCAAUGUAUUGAAAUGUUUUUUUCCUCGUUUAUGGAUUCCCGAUCUUUUUUUUUUUCUUUUGGAA